GCAGAGCCGGAGCCGGCCGCGCGUCUCCUUCCCUCGUCCAGCGGCCGCAGGUGCCGGGUGCGGCGCUCCCGAGGCGCGCGGCAUCCGCCGCACAGGUGACAGCGGCCCCUGACAUUUAUGAGAUCACAGACCAAGAAAGUCCUACUAACGCCCCUUAUGCACUCGGCGCGCCCUUUCCGGGUCUCCAACCAUGACAGAAGCAGCCGGCGAGGGGUGAUGGCCAACAGUCUGAAGGAGCUUCUCAGCAAGACCCUGGAUGCCUUAGUUAUCACCAGUGGACUGGUCACUUUGGUGCUGGAGGAAGAUGGAACUGUGGUGGAUACGGAAGAGUUCUUUCAGAGCUUAGGAGACAACACACAUUUCAUGAUCUUGGAGAAAGGGCAGAGGUGGACACCGGGUGGUAACCAUGUCCCAGCCCGUCAGCAGCCGAAGAAAUCAGGAAUAGCAAGAGUCACCUUCGACUUGUACAAGCUGAAUCCCAAGGAUGUCAUUGGCUGCCUCAAUGUGAAGGCCACCAUGUAUGAGAUGUAUUCAGUGUCCUAUGACAUCCGGUGUACGGGAGUCAAGGCCCUGCUGAGGAGCCUGCUGCGGUUCCUGUCCCACGCCGCCCAGGUGACCGGACAGUUGCUCAUCUACACCGGCACAUACGUGCUCCAAGUGCUGGGUGAUACGGAAGAGCAGAGUCCUCGCUGGUCACACUCCAGACGGGGGGUCACAAGUGGAUAAGGAUGCAUGCCCCCAGGGGACCCAGCCGGCUCUUGACCCAAACAUUCGCUCUCAGAUGAUGAAUUUUGAAGAUGCUUCUGUUCUAAACCAUACACACGUGCACAAGGCUGGUCAUGUGUACCAGGGGGUGACACCCAGGGGAAGGUGAAGGCACACGAAAUGGGGACUGCAGAGUGGAACGCCCUGAAGGGAGGAGAUUCGUAGGGGCUCCCGUGGUGACCAGGAAGGACCAAAGGGCAGGCUUGUGUGGUGGCUCCGGAGCCACAGGAACCUGUGUCAGGCCUCUCAGCAACUCACCUCCUGCAAUAAACCAAUCAAUCGCAAGAGCUACUUGUAA